GUAAAGCAGGCCGAGCUGGCUGUGUGUGUGUGCGGGAUGUAAAUAGAGUUCAUGAGGCUGUAAUUUAUUAAAAUAGAAAGGUGUUCCACACGGAAAAGAGCUGAGCAUCGUUUACGGUAGAGGAGCAUGAUGGAGGAGGAGUGUGUGGAUGGAGGAGGAGACGCUGUCCUGCAGCUCCACCUGCCCUGUAAUCCUCUGUUUUCCUGCACGGUGUCGGUCGGGACCGAUCUGUCCAUGGCCGACAUCUCGGACCUUCACGCUGAAGUGUGUGAGCUCAGGAAAACGGUCCGCCACCUCGAGGAGAGGCUCAGUCAAGCGCUGAAUCUUUCCAACCAGCAGGUGAUGGGAUCGACACCAGCGUUGUACUCUGUGUGUAAAGCUGAUCUAAACCCCUCAGAAGUGCGAGUCUCUGAGCACACAGCUGAAUGGCCUGGUUUUGAUCCACAUAAGCGUGAAUUUAAGUGUGAGGAGGAUGAACUCAGCACCUCUGUCCAUUUAUACAGUGAUCCAAACCCCACAGAGUCCCACUCCUCACCACACACUCCACUAAAAACAUUUAACGGUGAAGAACAGCACACGAUACACACUCCACUGAGGUGUUCAGUGACACUGGUGGACUGCAGGGCCAUGGUGGAGAUGAAUGGAGACACCACACAGGAGGAAGACCUGCAUGAUGGGAGUGUUCAUGCUGAGGAGCCUGAACAGCGUGGCGAUACUGAUGAAGACCUUUAUCCUUCAAGUGGUUUCAGUGAGGAAGAAGACAAAUUCUCCAGCGUCAAACCAAAGGAAAAAGAAACUCGAAAGAAAAUGUGCAUACUUUGCAAUAUCUGUGGAAAGUCUUUAAGUUCUGCAGCAUUUCUGAAGAGACACAUUGACAAACACAAAACUAACCUCAAGGAAAAAGUGCCAAGGUCUCACAUGUGUCCCCUUUGUGGAAAAGGAUUUCUUACACUCUCUGCCCUCAAAGAGCACGCAAAAACACACCGUGGAGAAAAACCUUUCUGCUGCGAUGAAUGUGGCAAUCGGUUUACAACAAAAGGGAACCUUAAAAGUCAUCAGAGCAUACACACGGGUCACCGACCGUUUCAGUGUUCCUACUGCGAAAAACGUUUCUAUCACAAAAUGCACGUUAAAGUCCACGAACGUGUGCACACUAAAGAGAAACCAUACAUGUGCUCCAUCUGUGAGAAAGGCUUCAUCACCAUCACGGUUCUGAAGCAGCACCAGAAAGUGCACUCGAGUGAGAAAUCGUACCAGUGCUCCCACUGCGAGAUGAUGUUUAAACAGAAAAUUAACCUCCGCUGGCAUGAACAGGCCCAUCUGGGGGAAAAGCCGUUCCUCUGCGAACACUGCGGGAAAGGAUUUUCUCAUCCGGCAACUUUUUCUGCUCACAAGCGAACACAUAUAGGAGGGACGCACAAGAGCUCUUUUCGUUGCUCGGUGUGUGGCAAGACCUUCUUGCGUCAGUAUGGUCUGAAGCAGCAUGAACGUAUUCACACCAAAGACCGACCUUACAGCUGCUCCUACUGCACAAAAACGUUCGCUCGGCCCGACGUGCUCCGAACACACCUGCGCAUUCACACGGGAGAGAAACCGUACCACUGCAGCAUCUGCGAUCAGGGCUUCACUUAUCUGGGCAGCUUCAGGGCGCAUCAGAAGAAUCACACCCAGGAGAAUGUGAAUCGGAGAUGAUAGCGGAUGCUUUGCUCAGAUUUGUUGACGUUUUUCCAGACAGUACGCCAGCAGUUUAGCCAUUACAGAUCUGUAAGAAGCAAAUUAAACAAUUGAUAUUGAUUAUAUAAUGUGUAUCAAGAUUGGGGGGAAAAAUACACAUGCAGCACAAGAUGAUAUACUUUUGAAAGUUGUUUUUUUUUAUUUUAUUUAUUUAUUAUUUUGGAUGAGUAGCCAGUAAGUUUCCCAAAUACAGUACCUGCUUAAAUAGUCCAUGUACCUUCUUCUCAACCUAUUUCCUAUUCUGGAACGAAAAUUGGAAAAUGAAAAAUUAUUUUUUGUAACAUUGUUCUGAAAAUGGAAAUGCAUCCGUUUUCCAUUAAAUUUUGUUCUCAAAA